AUGAACGACACGACACCAGCUCUUUGGAACCAGUCUUCUCCGAAUGAAUCGUGGACUGAGGAGAGAACUCCCUCCGAUGUCUCCUUCAGUUUUGUCUAUUUUACGGAAACCACCAUCCUGCCGUCUCUGAUCGGGUUCCUCUGCUCUACGGGACUUGUUGGCAACAUUCUGGUUUUAGUGACCAUCCUGAGAACAACGAAGACGACCGUGCCUGAUGUGUACAUCUGUAACCUGGCUGUGGCAGAUGUGGUCCAUGUGACUGUCAUGCCCUUCCUAAUCCACCAGUGGGCACGCGGCGGCCACUGGGUGUUUGGCAGCACACUGUGCACCAUCAUCACCUCCCUGGACAACUGCAACCAGGUAGCCUGUGCUGCUGUGAUGUCUGCUGUCAGCAUGGACAGGUACCUGGCAGUGGUUCAUCCGUUCCGUCUGACUGCUCUUAGAACAAAGUCCAAGACCAUUGGGAUCAAUUUGUUGGUGUGGGUGAUCUCGUUUAUCCUGGUCCUUCCUAUGUGGGUCCACUCCAAAGUCAUCCGAUUCCCUGAUGGGCUGGAGAGCUGCACCAUGAACCUGGUCUCCCCCAGCGCUGUUCUCUGGUACACACUCUACCAGACAAUCACAUCUUUUUUCCUGCCUCUGCCUCUCAUCCUCACCUGCUACAUUCUCAUCCUGUGUUAUACCUGGAAGAUGUACCUGAGGAACAAGCAGGCACGGCGCUGCAGCACCAACCUGCCUCGAACACGUGCCAUCCGUCUCACUAAAAUGGUCCUGGUCUUGGUGGUGGUCUACCUGGUGAGCGUCGGACCCUAUCAUGUUCUGCAGCUGGUCAACCUAACCGUCCGCAGACCAACACUGACUUACCACACCUGUUACUACCUGUCUGUCUGCUUGAGUUACGCCGCCAGCAGCAUUAACCCCUUCAUCUACAUCCUGCUAAGCAGGCACUUCCGCCGAAGAAUGACUGGACGUAAGCCGUCCAGUGGGCCCAGUUUGGAGAGAGAGGCAGUCAUUGAAGUCCCAACACCACACUCCUGCCAUGGAUGA